UCGUUCUGUUAACUUCAUUCAAACCACCAUCUCAACAAAAUGUCUGGCCGUGGCAAAGGAGGAAAAGUGAAGGGAAAGGCAAAGUCCCGAUCAUCCCGUGCCGGACUUCAGUUUCCAGUAGGUCGUAUCCAUCGUCUGCUCCGCAAGGGCAACUAUGCUGAACGUGUUGGAGCAGGAGCUCCCGUCUAUCUGGCCGCCGUCAUGGAGUAUUUGGCUGCUGAAGUGCUGGAAUUGGCAGGAAACGCCGCUCGGGACAACAAAAAGACCCGUAUCAUCCCGCGUCAUCUGCAGCUGGCCAUCCGUAAUGACGAGGAGUUGAACAAACUGCUUUCGGGUGUGACAAUCGCUCAGGGAGGUGUUCUGCCCAAUAUCCAGGCCGUGCUGCUGCCCAAGAAGACUGAGAAGAAGGCUUAAGAUGAAUUCAACUCUACAACUCAAUCAAACCGUCCUUUUCAGGACGACAAAAUCAAUUUGUCAAAGAGUUAGUUGGAGUUUCAUUCGUUAUUAUAGUAGUAGUAGUAUUAGAUUUUUUCUUAUUUAAAUCCAUUUUGUUGCUUUACAAAGUUGGUGUUUUAAAAAUG